CUUAAGUCUUCUGUUGUUUACAUUUUUUUAACAGCAAAGUUUUGUUAAAAAUAAAAAAAACCGUUUAAUAAUAAUAUGCCGCCUAUUACAAGGCGAAGUUCGACGAGAAUAACUGGGGUAUUAGUUACCAACUCGACUGUCACAACAGAAGAAUCCCGUUAUUCAAGCAAGAGAAGUGCAGGAAAGGAGGACCACAAAGAAAAUGUUGGUUCUGUGAAUGGAGCAAGUGGAAAAAGACAAUUUAUUGAACAUGGCGGCAACCGAACAGAGUUACAUUCCAAAGAUUCAGUUUUGCAAGAUCAACCUUCUCCAAGAAAGUGUUCUCGUAGUGAUUCACUGAUUACUCGUUUCAAAGAUAACAGUCUGGAUACAAGCUCCUUGUUAUCUAAGAAUGCGUUCCCUUGCAAAGUAUCAUCACUGGCUGUUCCGUCAAGUAAUGAAUCACACACAGAGCCUGAGGAAGAUGAAAUCUUAUCAUAUGAAAAACUGAGAUUGAAGAAUGUGCAUGACAAUGCUGAGUUUUUGGCUUCUCUAGGAAUCCAGGAAGCAAAGCAGAACUUGCAAAGAAAGAAAGAGAAGCCAAAGAAAGACAAACUUUAUCAAAGACCAAGAGCUGCUAAAGAAAGCUCCCCAAGAGAACCAACAAGAAGGAGUCUGAGGGUUCGCAGUAUCAAGCCGAUAGACGCGGUGGAGACUCCCUCCGUGACGUACUCGUCUGUGAGAAACAGAUACAUGGAAAGACAUCCACCAGGCCCCUUCGAUAUGACAUGUUGUUUGUUUCCGUCUGUGACAGAAAACUUACACAACAAGCUGCGCGACACAGUCCGAUCAGCGUGUGAUGUGGAAGAACAAGUGGAACCGCUCACAUCAUCACUGAAGAGCUUCAUGGAAGAGUUUAAAAAACUGAAUCUCGGUGAAAACCGAGUAAUUAAAGUGGUCAAGGAGAGGAUAUUUUCACUUGCCAUCCACCCAUCGGAGAACAAGAUCCUGGUUGCAGCUGGAGACAAGUGGGGCAACCUCGGUUUUUGGGAUGUGGAAUCUGAAGAUGACGCUGUGACUGCCUACACUCCUCAUACGUCACCUAUUAACCACGUGGAGUUCUGUCAGUGGAAGCCAGCCACAGUGUUUACCUGUAGUUACGAUGGAACGUUCCGACAUGGUGAUUUUGAACGAGCUGUCUUCAGUGAGGUGUAUUCUGUUCCCGUGGAGGAAGACAUAAUGCUGAGGUCGUUUGGUUUCCAGUCGAAAGAUGUAGUCGCCAUUGCCCAGUCUGAUGGGUGUGUUGCAGUGGUUGAUCAGAGAACCCCUGGAACAUCUGCAGAGAAUAUAUAUCACCUCCACAAGAAAGGCCUUCGAGCACUGGACAUUCAUCCCACUAACAAACAGUAUUUCCUCACAGGAUCUGUCGAUGGGUCGGUAUGUUUGUGGGACAUGAGAAAGAUGAAAUCAAAGUCAAACGUGGCAAUUGCCACAAUGAUGCAUGCCCGAAGUGUUGACUCAGCAUGUUUUUCGCCCAUCACAGGAAACAAAAUACUGUCAUGCUCGUCAGACAACACAAUCAACCUGUUCGACAGUUCCACAUUGAAUAAGAAUAUUACACGGACACAUUCCAUUAAACACAACAACUACGUUGGGCGGUGGUUGACAAAAUUCCGCGCCGUGUGGCAUCCAUCACGAGACGACCUGUUUGUUAGUGGAAGCAUGACACAUCCCAGACAGAUCGAGAUUUUCUCCGACACUGGUCAGCUUCUCAAAGCAUUCUCUGAUGUUAGCCUGAAUUCUGUGUGCUCCAUCAACAUGGUCCACCCAAGUCGCAACAUCCUCGCUGGUGGCAACUCCAGUGGCAGGGUGCACGUGUUCAUGUAGACGGAAAGUGUAAACUCAGAAAUUUUCUGUUCUAUUAAAACUGUGGUGCAGAAGAACACUGCAAUAUUGUGAAGUCUAAGAUGAAGACUGAUAGAAUAGAAUACUGGUUUUUUAUCUUAUAACUUGCCCAUAAUAUCCAUGUCAUGAACCCAUUUGAUAUUUACUAACUCAGUUAAUAUAGUUUUGUUGUCAAUGGGUCAUUUGUUUACAGCCAACACGACUUGUAUACCUGAGCAUAACAUUUUGAUGAGAUUUAGUGGAAGUGCUAUUUGUGCUAAUCACGAUAAGCGUCAUAUUACCAGUGAGGCGACUUCAGAACUUUGAUUUGACUACAUAUCAAUUUAAAGUGUUAUUUUUGGAGUGUUAUAGGAUAAAUAGAAUUCGCUACUCGUGUUUUUUAAUAUGUAAACUAUCAACCUCAUCUAGUUAAUCAGUAUUUGUCUCGGCAGAGCCUCGACAAAUACUGAUUAACAUAGAUUCGGUUGAUAUUUUCCAUAUUAAAAAACACUCAUGAUGAACCCUCUAUAUACGCUGAAUCUAGAUUCUUACAGGUUCGUAGAAAUCCAGAAAAGUCCUGGAAUUUACAAAUAUCAUUUUUCAUGCCUGAAAAGU